AGCUGAUUCUGUUUCCACCUAUGUUCCGUGUCAGUCUGUCUGUCCAGUUGUGCAGUUGUUCACUCUUCGUGCUGCCUCCCGUCUGAUCCAAAGUUUCAAGCGCUAAUCGCAGAUCUUCACGGCGAGCAUUAUAAUUCUGAUCGAGAGCGUGACGGAUCAGAGCUAUAGCAGCCAGGCGAUGCUCGUCUGUGGAACACUGACCGGCUAUCUGAUCAUAUGCAGUGCAUUGAGCAUAGGCCACUUGCUGGGCGCCAAGCUGGACAAGCGCAUCGAUAUACUCUUCACGGUGGCCGGCUGCGUGCUCUUCGUCUCGACGGGCGCCACCAUAUUCGAUCGCUGGAUGUACCGCUACGAGAUCGCCAGAGAUAAGAACACCAUCUUGGCCGCUGGAGUGCUGGCCUUUGCCACGGCCGCCAUUUUUAUCGCUGACACAUUUGUCAUAUUCCAUGACCAAUAAAUGUUCGACAUAU